AUGGCUCUCCCUGCCGCCCCGCCUCCCAAGAGCCCUCUGGGUCGAUACCGCUUGCUAUCACCUACAGCUUCUAUGUGGGUUUCUCCUAUCUGUCUUGGAACAAUGAACUUUGGAAACGCUUGGAAAGAAUUAAUGGGCGAAUGCAACCAAUCUACCGCCGAGUCCAUCAUGGACUUUUACUACGAACAAUUUCAAGAGACGGAGAAAUGGGUGGGAGAGUGGAUGGCGAAACGUGGAAACCGUGAUGAGAUGGUCAUUGCGACCAAGUACACCACCAACUUUCGAGCUGGCCCUGGUAGUCCCAACAUCUUGGUAAACUUCUGUGGAAACGGCACAAAAAGUCUAAGAACUUCGAUUGAAUCCAGUCUCAAGAACCUGCAGACCGACUACAUCGACCUGCUCUACGUUCACUGGUACGAUGGAAGCACCACGAUUCAGGAGCUGAUGCAGUCUCUCAACCAACUUGUACAGUCCGGGAAAGUUCUUCAUCUUGGAAUCAGUGAUACUCCCGCUUGGAUUGUGAGCAAGGCAAACGAGUACGCUCGCUGCAAUGGACUUCGCCAGUUCUCUGUUUACCAGGGCCGUUGGUCCGCAGCUUCGCGCGAUUUUGAACGAGACAUCAUUCCCAUGUGUCGAGCUGAAGGCAUGGGAAUUGCCCCUUGGGGGUCUCUUGGUGGCGGCAAGUUCAAGAGUGAAGAGCAGCGAAAUGCUCAAGAAGGACGAAGGGUAGAGGCCAGCGACCAGGAGGUCAGAACCAGUCGAGUGUUGGAGUCGAUCGCUAACCGUAAGAACACACUCAUCACCAGCGUCGCACUGGCAUAUGUCAUGCACAAGACCUCUUAUGUCUUUCCCAUCAUCGGUGGUCGAAAGGUGGACCAUCUCAAGGCCAAUAUUAUGGCGCUCACCUUGCAGCUUACCCAAGAAGAUAUCCAGGAAAUUGAUAAUUCUGUGCGAUUUGAUCCUGGCUUCCCCCAUGACUUUCUCUAUCGUGGAGGGCAGUCGACUGGGGGUCCAGAUGUUUGGCUGCUCCAGAUGGGGGGCACAAUUGACCAUGUUCAGCCGUCAAAGCCUGUCUCUCCCAUGAAACGGGGCGAAUAG